AUGACCCAGCUCAGAGAUUGCCUUGCCCAGAUCUACUUCACUGGAAACAUGCUUUCGAAGUACGAGGCUGUCACUGAGUCCCUGAAGGACGUGAUCAAUACCGACGGUGACAACGAAGAGACCUGGGAAAAGUUCGACACACACUUCACGAAGUUUUUGAACAUGUCCUGGGCCACGAACUGGGACGGCACCAAGUAUGACAUUAUCUUUUAUGGUGUCUCUGGCUACACCGGUUAUCUCAUGAUACAGUACCUGAAAAAAACGGCGCUGAAGCGGAAUCCGGAGCCAUUUACGUUCGCCCUGGCCGGGCGGACGGCUAACAAGGUUCGUGAGCUACGAGAUCGGGAGUUCAUUGGAACUGAGUGGGAGGACACGCCAAUCAUUCAGGCAUCCUAUGAUGACGUCUUCUCUCUGAUGGACUUGUGCCGAAGCGCCUACGUGAUUGUCAACGUGGCCGGCCCGUACAUGCUGACGCAGGGUGAGCUCCUCCUGGAUUGCUGCUGCCGCUGUGGCACUGACUACUGCGAUGUCAGCGGAGAGAUUCCUUGGUCACACCGGACCUUGGCUCUCCAUGAGCAAGCUCGCAAGAGCGGGGCCACGCUCAUCCCGAGUGCUGCCGUGGCAGGGGGCUAUCCCGACAUCCUCACCUUCUUGUGCGCCAAGAAGCUGAGGGAGGAGCACGGUGAGGAACUCCGGCGGGCAGCAUGCUACGCUAUUGGCGGUGGCAGCGUUGCUGGGGCGUCCGGCGGUACCUUGGCGAGUCGUGGUGCCAUGAGCAGUGCCAGUGACGAGACCCGAAAGUUGAUGGCAGAUCCUUACGCGCUCGGAGGCUUCAUACCUUCUUUCGACAGGAAUGGCAUCAAGGAGAUGAAUAUCCAAAACGGCACCGGCAAGGUUACUCACAAGAUCCGAAAAGAGGAUGCUGAUGCCAUUCUUUCGAAGGUCUCGCAGUGCCCAUACACAGGAACAUGGCGAGCUCCUUGGAUGUACUCCUACUUCGACACGCGUAUCCUUCGCCGCACAAAUGCGCUCUUCGCAGACCUUGCCGGCCAGCCGUACGGCAAGGAGUUCAACUUCCAGGAGUUUAUGCGGCUGCCACCAGAGAUGAUUGCGCAGGGCCAGGCCGGUGGCGGUGGUGGCGGCGGCAGCAGUGCCCCUCCGCCCAAGCCUUCGGGGCCCUCCGUCAGCGGUGAGAAGGAAGCUCUGAUUGAGCAGGGCAAGUACUUCAAGCAAG